AUUUCGGAAAAUGACCAUUAUGCUCCCGUAUCCCCACCUCCCCUUCAGCCGUCCUCCUGCAGCAGUAGCAGCGCGUUACGGGGCCGCCCUCACAUGGUGAGCCGGCUCCACCUUCCCACCCCCCCGUUCCCAGCAGCAGUCGCCACCACCAGUCUUGUGGGUUCCCGGAGCCGGUGUGUCGGUGACUCCGGGGCGGUCCCGCCGGCGGCAGUAGCUGCAGCAGCACCACCCUGUCUCCCAGCCCUGUCCGGAUAUUGACCAGUAUUAGCGAGUAGGAGGAGAUUUGGGGCUGCAUUCUGGUCUUUCAGCAUUUGCGGGGCCGCCCCUAGGGCAGAAGAAGCAGUCUGCCAUUGAAUUCUUGCUAUCGGUGUGUGAUUCCCCCCAGCUAUUCAUAUACAUUUGUGUCUGUGGAUUUAUAUAUGUAAGCUUUAGUCCAAGCCGCGUUAACGGUGGCCCACCGUAUACCGAGGAGCCACGUUGGGUGACUGCAAGCAGCCGCAAUCCCCAGGACAAAGGGGGGCAGAGAGUGUGAGAUUGGAAGGACGCUGAGCGGAUCAGGUUCAUUUGCAGCUGCUGCCGGGGUUCAGAGGAUCUGGACCCUUCCUCACCUCCCCCUACAACAUGAGCAGCUCCAGCAGCGCCAACACCGGCACCACCGCUACGAGCGGCAGCGGCAGCAAUGCAACAGCCGCUGGGAGCAGCGGAGGCAACGCCGGGGAGGGGGCGGAGGAGACAGCCAAGGACUCGGCAGACAUAGUUGCCUUCUAUAGAUCCGGAUUUCGAAAGAAUGAUGAACUGAAAGCAAUGGAAGUAUUACCAAUUUUAAAAGAAAAGGUUGCAUACCUAUCAGGUGGUAGAGAUAAACGGGGAGGUCCUGUUUUAACAUUUCCAGCUCGCAGCAAUCACGACAGAAUACGGCAAGAAGAUCUCCGGAGACUUAUAUCGUAUUUGGCCUGCAUCCCUAGUGAAGAAGUCUGCAAACGAGGGUUCACAGUAAUUGUAGAUAUGCGUGGAUCCAAGUGGGACUCUAUUAAACCAUUGCUGAAGAUUUUACAAGAAUCGUUUCCUUGUUGUAUUCAUGUUGCACUAAUUAUUAAGCCAGACAACUUUUGGCAGAAGCAGAGAACAAAUUUUGGCAGUUCUAAAUUUGAAUUUGAGACUAGUAUGGUAUCUUUAGAAGGCCUUACCAAAGUAGUUGACCCAUCCCAGCUAACACCUGAAUUUGAGGGUUGCUUGGAGUACAAUCAUGAAGAGUGGAUCGAAAUCAGAGUGGCAUUUGAGGACUUCAUUAGCAAUGCAACUCAUAUGCUAUCACGUUUGGAGGAGCUACAGGAGAUGCUUGCAAAUAAAGAGUUACCUCAGGAUUUGGAGGGAGCCCGCAACAUGAUUGAAGAACACUCCCAAAUGAAAAAGAGGGUCAUUAAGGCUCCAAUUGAAGAUAUUGACUUAGAAGGACAAAAACUUCUGCAAAGAAUACAGAGUAGUGAAAGUUUUCCAAAAAAGAACUCUAGUUCUGGUAAUGCUGACCUUCAGAAUCUUCUUCCCAAAGUAUCCACCAUGCUGGAUAGACUUCACUCAACCAGGCAACAUCUUCAUCAAAUGUGGCAUCUAAGGAAAGUUAAACUGGACCAGUGUUUUCAACUGAGGCUCUUUGAACAGGAUGCUGAGAAGAUGUUUGACUGGAUUACACAUAACAAAGGUCUCUUUCUGACAAGUUAUACUGACAUUGGGACCAGUCACAACCAUGCGAUGGAGCUUCAGACACAGCAUGAUCACUUUGCAAUGAACUGUAUGAAUGUGUAUGUAAACAUUAACCGUAUCAUGUCCGUGGCCAAUAGGCUUGUGGAGUCUGGGCACUAUGCCUCACAGCAGAUUAAGCAGAUUGCGAAUCAGCUGGAACAAGAGUGGAAAGCUUUUGCAGCAGCCCUAGAUGAACGCAGCACGUUACUUGAAAUGUCUGCUGUCUUUCACCAAAAAGCCGAGCAGUACAUGAGCAAUGUUGAUUCGUGGUGCAAGGCUUGUGGUGAGGUAGAGCUUCCAUCAGAGCUGCAAGAUUUAGAAGAUGCCAUUCACCAUCACCAAGGCAUAUAUGAGCAUAUCACUCUGGCUUACUCUGAGGUGAGUCAGGAUGGGAAAUCACUGCUAGACAAACUCCAGAGACCCUUGACUCCUGGUAGUUCUGACUCCCUGACAGCUUCUGCAAACUACUCUAAGGCUGUGCACCACGUUUUAGAUGCCAUCCAUGAAGUGUUACACCACCAACGGCAGCUGGAAAAUAUCUGGCAGCACCGCAAGGUUCGCUUGCAUCAGCGGCUUCAACUAUGUGUGUUCCAGCAAGAUGUUCAACAGGUGUUGGAUUGGAUAGAAAACCAUGGUGAAGCCUUCCUAAGUAAGCACACUGGGGUUGGAAAGUCCUUGCAUAGAGCUCGUGCUUUGCAGAAACGGCAUGAAGACUUUGAAGAGGUUGCUCAGAACACCUACACAAAUGCUGACAAGCUGCUGGAAGCUGCCGAGCAGUUGGCCCAGACGGGAGAAUGUGAUCCAGAAGAAAUAUACCAAGCAGCUCAUCAAUUAGAGGACCGGAUUCAGGAUUUCGUCAGACGUGUCGAGCAACGAAAGAUUCUGUUGGACAUGUCUGUAUCGUUUCACUCACAUGUUAAGGAGUUGUGGACAUGGCUGGAGGACCUGCAGAAGGAGCUGCUGGAUGAUGUCUAUGCAGAAUCUGUGGAAGCUGUCCAGGACUUAAUCAAGCGCUUUGGACAACAGCAGCAGACAACACUGCAGUUUACAGUCAAUGUCAUCAAAGAAGGAGAGGAUCUGAUCCAGCAGCUAAGAGAUUCUGCCAUAUCCAGCAACAAGACUCCCCACAACAGCUCAAUCAAUCACAUUGAGACUGUCCUACAGCAGCUGGAUGAGGCCCAGUCUCAGAUGGAGGAAUUGUUCCAAGAACGGAAGAUAAAGCUGGAACUCUUCCUGCAGCUGCGCAUCUUUGAAAGAGAUGCUAUUGAUAUCAUCUCAGACUUGGAGUCUUGGAAUGAUGAGCUCUCGCAACAAAUGAACGACUUUGACACAGAGGAUCUUACACUUGCGGAACAGAGGCUGCAGCACCAUGCUGACAAAGCCCUCACUAUGAACAACUUGACCUUUGACGUCAUUCAUCAAGGACAAGAGCUGCUGCAGUAUGUCAAUGAAGUCCAAACCUCAGGAGUCGAGCUGCUUUGUGAUAGAGAUGUAGAUAUGGCGACACGGGUACAAGACUUGCUGGAGUUUCUGCAUGAGAAACAACAAGAGCUGGAUCUGGCUGCUGAACAGCAUCGUAAACACUUAGAACAGUGUGUACAGUUGCGCCACCUGCAGGCAGAAGUGAAACAGGUUCUGGGAUGGAUCCGCAAUGGGGAGUCUAUGCUCAACGCUGGGCUUAUCACAGCUAGUUCUCUUCAAGAGGCAGAACAGCUUCAGCGGGAACAUGAGCAGUUCCAGCACGCUAUAGAGAAAACUCAUCAAAGUGCCCUCCAAGUCCAGCAGAAGGCUGAAGCCAUGCUACAGGCCAACCAUUAUGAUAUGGAUAUGAUCCGUGACUGUGCAGAAAAAGUAGCCUCUCACUGGCAACAGUUGAUGCUAAAAAUGGAAGACCGUCUAAAGCUUGUAAAUGCGUCUGUAGCCUUUUAUAAAACUUCAGAGCAGGUAUGCAGUGUCUUAGAGAGCUUGGAACAGGAAUACAAGAGGGAAGAAGAUUGGUGUGGUGGAGCAGACAAACUUGGUCCCAACUCAGAAACUGACCAUGUCACACCCAUGAUCAGCAAGCACCUGGAACAAAAGGAAGCUUUUCUAAAGGCCUGCACGUUGGCCCGAAGAAAUGCCGAUGUAUUCCUGAAAUACCUGCACAGGAACAGCGUGAACAUGCCUGGAAUGGUUACUCAUGUAAAGGCUCCUGAGCAGCAAGUGAAAAAUAUAUUAAAUGAGCUGUUUCAGAGGGAGAACAGAGUACUUCAUUAUUGGACCUUGAGGAAGAGGAGACUUGACCACUGCCAGCAGUAUGUUGUCUUCGAAAGGAGUGCUAAACAGGCUCUCGAAUGGAUUCAAGAUAAUGGAGAGUUUUACCUAUCCACACAUACCUCCACUGGCUCCACCAUCCAACACACUCAAGAGUUGUUAAAGGAACAUGAAGAAUUUCAGAUCACUGCAAAGCAAACCAAAGAGAGGGUAAAGCUGUUGAUACAGCUGGCUGACGGGUUUUGUGAAAAGGGGCAUGCUCAUGCAGCAGAAAUUAAGAAAUGUGUUGCGGCCGUGGACAAGAGGUACAGGGACUUCUCUGUGCGCAUGGAAAAGUAUCGGACGUGCUUAGAGAAAGCGUUGGGGAUUUCUUCCGAUUCCAACAAGUCGAGUAAAAGCCUUCAGUUGGACAUCAUUCCAGCCAGUGCCCCUGGUUCUGAAGUAAAGCUGCGUGAUGCUACCCAUGAGCUCAAUGAAGAAAAAAGGAAAUCUGCUCGCCGAAAAGAGUUCAUUAUGGCGGAACUUAUUCAAACCGAAAAAGCGUAUGUUCGAGAUCUUCGGGAGUGUUUGGAUACAUAUCUUUGGGAAAUGACAAGUGGAGUGGAAGAGAUCCCACCUGGCAUUGUAAACAAAGAGCACAUUAUCUUUGGAAACAUGCAGGAAAUAUAUGAAUUCCAUAACAAUAUAUUCUUAAAGGAAUUGGAGAAAUAUGAGCAACUGCCUGAAGAUGUUGGACACUGCUUUGUUACAUGGGCUGAUAAAUUCCAAAUGUAUGUUUCUUACUGCAAAAACAAACCGGAUUCAACGCAAGUGAUCUUGGAACAAGCAGGACCAUAUUUUGAUGAAAUUCAACAGCGCCAUGAACUGGCCAACUCGAUCUCUUCUUACCUUAUCAAGCCUGUACAGAGGAUAACAAAGUACCAGCUUCUUUUAAAGGAGUUGCUAACUUGCUGUGAAGAGGGCAAAGGAGAGAUUAAAGAUGGAUUGGAGGUGAUGCUUAGUGUACCCAAAAGAGCCAAUGAUGCCAUGCAUCUCAGCAUGCUGGAAGGUUUUGAUGAAAACAUAGAAGCUCAGGGAGAACUGAUCCUACAAGAGUCUUUUCAAGUUUGGGACCCUAAAACCUUGAUUCGAAAAGGCCGGGAAAGACAUCUUUUCUUGUUUGAAAUGUCUCUUGUCUUCAGCAAAGAAGUCAAAGAUUCCAGUGGGAGAAGCAAAUAUAUUUACAAGUCAAAAUUAUUUACCUCCGAGCUCGGAGUCACAGAACACGUGGAAGGAGACCCCUGUAAAUUUGCACUCUGGCUUGGUAGAACGCCGUCAUCAGACAAUAAGAUAGUCCUGAAGGGUUCCAGUAUUGAAAAUAAACAAGACUGGAUCAAACAUAUAAGAGAGGUGAUCCAAGACAGGACUAUUCACCUUAGAGGGGCAUUGAAGGAACCAAUACACAUCCCCAAAACAGCUGCAACCACAAAACAGAAAGCCAGUAGAAGAGAUGGAGAGGACCUGGACAGUCAAGGAGAUGGCAGCAGCCAACCAGAUACAAUAUCUAUUGCAUCCAGAACCUCCCAGAACACCUUGGACAGUGAUAAGCUUUCAGGUGGAUGUGAAUUGACAGUGGUCAUCCAUGACUUUACUGCGUGCAAUAGCAAUGAGCUGACAAUCCGGAGAGGGCAGACAGUGGAGGUACUGGAGCGACAACAUGAUCGUCCAGACUGGUGUUUAGUUCGAACCACUGACCGUUCACCUGCAGGCGAAGGCUUGGUACCGUGUAACUCACUGUGUAUUGCCCAUUCAAGGAGCAGCAUGGAGAUGGAGGGCAUAUUUAACCACAAAGACUCCCUUUCAGUCUCCAGUAAUGAUGCCAGCCCUCCAGCUUCGGUGACUUCCCUGCAACCUCAUAUUAUCGGUGCUCAGAGUUCUCCUGGCCCAAAGCGACCUGGGAAUACUUUAAGGAAAUGGCUCACAAGCCCUGUGAGGAGACUUAGUAGUGGAAAAGCUGAUGGACAUGUGAAAAAACUGGCCCACAAACACAAAAAAAGCAGGGAGGUACGAAAGAAUGCAGACUCUGGCUCCCAAAAGGACUCAGAUGACAGCGCUGCAACACCCCAGGAUGAAACUAUUGAAGAGCGAGUACGAAAUGAAGGUCUCAGUAGUGGCACACUUUCUAAGUCCUCAUCAUCCGGCAUGCAGAGCUGUGGAGAGGAGGAAGGCGAGGAAGGGCCUGAUGCGGUACCGCUGCCACCUCCUAUGGCUAUUCAGCAGCAUAGCCUUCUUCAGCCCGACUCUCAGGAUGACAAGACUUCAUCUCGAUUGCUGGUACGCCCAACUAGUUCAGAAACACCUAGUGCAGCAGAACUUGUCAGUGCUAUUGAAGAACUUGUAAAAAGCAAAAUGGCUCUAGAAGAUCGUCCAAGUUCACUGCAAGUAGACCAAGGUGACAGUAGCAGUCCAUCUUUCAAUCCUUCAGAUACAUCUCUGCUCUCCUCCUCUUCUCCAAUCGACGAGAUGGAAGAAAAGAAGUCUAGUUCUCUAAAGCGUCGACAUUACGUAUUACAAGAAUUAGUAGAAACGGAGCGAGAUUACGUUCGGGACCUUGGUUAUGUGGUGGAGGGAUACAUGGCACUCAUGAAGGAGGAUGGUGUUCCCGACGACAUGAAAGGAAAAGAUAAGAUUGUUUUUGGGAACAUUCAUCAGAUAUAUGACUGGCACAGAGAUUUCUUUUUGGGAGAAUUAGAGAAGUGUCUGGAUGAGCCUGAAAGACUGCCCUCACUGUUUGUGAAGCAUGAGAGAAGGCUGCACAUGUACAUAGUAUAUUGCCAAAAUAAACCAAAGUCUGAACAUAUUGUUUCAGAAUACAUUGAUACUUAUUUUGAGGACAUGAAACAGCGUCUAGGCCACCGACUUCAACUUACGGAUUUAUUAAUAAAACCAGUUCAAAGAAUUAUGAAAUAUCAGCUUCUUUUAAAGGAUUUCCUUAAGUACUCCAAGAAGGCUUGUGUGGAUGUAGCAGAAUUAGAGAAAGCUGUGGAAGUCAUGUGCAUUGUACCGAAGCGCUGUAAUGACAUGAUGAACGUUGGUCGACUACAAGGAUUUGAUGGUAAAAUUGUUGCUCAAGGAAAACUCCUGAUGCAAGACACAUUCCUUGUCACAGAUCAAGAAACAGGACUUUUACCGCGCUGUAAAGAGAGGCGGGUCUUCCUCUUUGAACAAAUUGUAAUAUUUAGUGAACCCUUGGAUAAAAAGAAAGGAUACUCGAUGCCCGGAUUUCUUUUUAAAAAUAGUAUCAAGGUGAGUUGCCUUAGUUUAGAAGAAUGUGUUGACAAUGAUCCAUGCAAGUUUGCGCUGCUGUCAAGGUCUGCAGACUCUACAGAGAUGUAUGUCUUACAUUCUGCAUCCCCUGCUGUGAAGCAAGUGUGGAUCCAUGAAAUCAACCAAAUUUUGGAAAACCAACGCAACUUCUUAAAUGCCUUGACAUCACCAAUCGAGUACCAGAGAAACCACACUGGUGGAAGCAGUGGCAGCAGUGUCACACCCACCAGUGGCCCAAGCAACUGUACUGGGUUGAGUGGCUCCAGUCGAAGCAGGCCCUCCCGGAUCCCCCAGCCUGUCAGACAUCAUUCCCCUGUCCUGGUCUCCUCUGCAGCUUCGGCACAAGCAGAGGCAGACAAGAUGUCAGGUAUGUCUGUGCGCCACGCCUCAGUUUUACCUCUCAACCUCUCCUUAGAAACUGCCCCCAGUCACACAGACAGAAUUCAUCCCACUACAGAGGCAGGGUGUCGGGAUAAAGAAUCUGAUUCAGUACCAAAGAUGAAAAAGCUAGACGGCCCUAGGAAAUCUUCUAGUGGAUUAGUAGAUGGAAACUCGAAAGAAUUGCGCGGAAGCACAGAAGAUAGCCAUUCCAGAAGUGGUCUGGGCACCCUUACAUUUGUAAAGCCAAGAAAUGGCACUGCGUCACCUCUCAAUUCUCCUGUCUCAUCUAAUUUCCCAUCAACAUUUGGCAAGGAAACUUUUGCACCCAGCAGCCCCUUGCAGAAGGGCUCUUUUUGGAGUUCCAUCCCUGGAUCCCCAGCAAGCCGCCCUGGCUCAUUCACCUUCCCAGGGGAUAGCGAUUCCCUCCAACGCCAAGUUCACCGGCAAUCCACGCAAAACAAGGAUACAGACCGCAUGAGCACCUGCUCGUCGACCAGUGAGCAGUCAGUUCACUCAACCCAAAGUAAUGGGAGUGAAAGUAGCAGCAGUAGCAAUAUCUCCACCAUGCUGGUGACGCACGAUUACACAGCGGUGAAGGAGGAUGAGAUCAAUGUCUACCAAGGAGAAGUUGUACAAAUUCUGGCAAGCAACCAACAGAACAAGUUUCUGGUGUUUCGAGCUGCCACUGAUGAAUGCCCUGCGGCUGAAGGCUGGAUUCCAAGCUACGUCCUAGGCCACACGAGUGCAGUCAUCACUGACAUGUGCGACGGAACACUAAAGAAGUCAUCAUCUUGGCAUACAGCACUGAGAAUAAGGAAAAAAUCUGAGAAGAGGGAAAAAGAGGGUAAAAGAGAAACAAAACUAGAAAAUGGCUAUCGCAAAUCAAGAGAAGGACUAGCCAAUAAGGUAUCUGUGAAGCUCCUGAAUCCAAACUGCAUUUAUGAUGCUCCUCCAGAAUUUAUAGUUCCAUUAAGUGAGGUGACAUGUGAGACAGGAGAGUCAAUCAUUCUUCGAUGCAAAGUUUGUGGUCGACCCAAGGCAUCCAUUACCUGGAAGGGUCCUGAUCAUAAGAUAUUAAGCAAUGAUGGACAUUAUAGCAUCGCUUACAGUGAUCUCGGUGAAGCAACACUAAAGAUUGCAGGUGUGACUACAGAGGAUGAUGGCAUCUACACAUGCAUAGCUGCAAACGACAUGGGUUCUGUAUCAUCAUCCGCGUGCCUCAGAGUUUUAGGUCCUGGGUGUGAUGGGAUGAGGGUAAUCUGGAAAGACAACUUUGAUGUGGCUUACGGGGAAGUUGCUGAACUUGGCAGAGGUAGAUUUUCUGUUGUGAAAAAGUGUGAGCAAAGAGUAACUAGACGAGCCGUAGCCACUAAGUUUGUGAACAAGAAGUUGAUGAAGAGAGACCAGGUUACCCAUGAAGUUGGCAUCCUACAGAGUCUGCAGCAUCCACAACUGAUCAGCCUUCUUGACACUUAUGAGACACCUACCAGCUACGUCUUAAUACUUGAGCUUGCUGAUCAGGGUCGUCUGUUAGACUAUGUGGUGCGCUGGGGGAACCUCACAGAGGAGAAGAUCACAUCCUACCUCAGGGAGGUUCUGGAGGCCCUACUGUACCUGCAUAACUGUAGAAUAGCACACCUAGACCUAAAGCCUGAAAAUAUUCUUGUGGAUCAGAGCCUAACAAAGCCAACUGUAAAACUGUCUGACUUUGGUGAUGCAGUUCAGCUUAAUACGACCUAUUAUAUUCACCAAUUGCUAGGCAGUGCGGAGUUUGCAGCUCCAGAGAUCAUCCUAGGAAACCCUGUCUCCCUCACUUCUGAUAUAUGGAGCGUUGGGGUCCUCACAUAUGUCCUUCUCAGUGGUGUUUCUCCUUUCCUGGACGAAAGUAUGGAGGAGACAUGCCUGAACAUUUGUCGCUUGGACUUUAGCUUCCCGGAUGACUACUUCAAAGGAGUCAGCCAGAAGGCCAAAGAAUUUGUGUGUUUAUUACUGCAAGGGGACCAGACAAAGCGUCCCUCUGCUGCGGUGUCCCUCCAGGAACAGUGGCUGCAGCCAGGCCGUCACAGGAGUGCUAGUAUCUUGGAUAUGUCAAGACUGACUUCAUUUAUUGAACGCCGCAAACACCAGAAUGAUAUUCGGCCCAUCGGUAGCAUUAAAAAGUUCUUACAGAGCAGGCUUUUGCCAAGAAUUUGACAUCUCACUGAAACAUUCUCUCCUUCUCUUUCACCUGUCUGCCGUGGAAGUAAAUUCUCCAGCCAAUCAUUUUGUUUAAAGCUGGAUAAUAAAAGAUUCAUAAGAAAGAAAGAAAACAAAAUGUGGCAGCAAACGUGCAUCGUGCGAUAUUGCAUUGUAAAAUCUGCUUACCUGUCAAAAUUCACUUACUUUGGGAUGGGUGGGGUGGAGAAGAUUUUGUACUCUGCUAAAAAAAAAAAAAAAAAGGACUGAUCACAGCUUUGCUGUAACAGUAUUUUAUUCAGGUUUCUGCAAAAAAAAAAAAAGAAAAAAAGACUAAACAUUGAAAUGAGAACAAAACACUAUUUUUUAAAAUGAUCAAGAAAAGAAUUUUGCAAGCGGAAUCUUGAAAGCUUUUUUUUUUCUUCAAAAGUUUAUCAAAUGAAAUAAAAUCAUGUCCCAAACAAUCAGUUAAAUUGUGUUCAAGUACAAUUUGAGAAGUUGGCCAUGCUGUCACCACAGCACUAUACAUUGCGUCCCAAACCACCUUUCUUCAUUAAAUUCGCGUUUUUGCUUGGUAAUUCUGCAUUGCCUGUUUUUUGACAGACAUGCCCUGGUUCUUCUUUGUAGUAAAUCCUACCACAAACUUUUGCAUACAAUAGAACAAAAAGAUUUCCUCUGAUAACAUAAAAGCCUUACAUGUAAAUAGACAUUUUAUUUGACUCCACCCUGAUAUACUUUACUCUUUUAUUUUAUAUCUUAUAUGAAGGAGUGAUUGGGCAAAAUGGCGUAACAAACAGCACAUGCUGUCCUACAUAAAGAACCUCUCCUUUCCUCGUUUGAGGCAUGGGAAUUCAGAGAAAUAUGAAAAUACUGUAAAUGCACUCAUUGAAUUCUAGGUUUAUCCAUUUUUUGGGUUUUUUUUGUAUUUUUUUUUUCAUAUCAUGUGCAAUGUUGUGGCUUUAACAUUUUAUGCAACUAUUUAUGAAAAACUAUGUUGUACCAGUAAUAAAUAUAUAGAAAAGCACACAGUACUCCAGGCUUUAUAAUUUUUCUUUUUCUGUUAUGUUUUUAUCAGACACAGCAAUUAUUUAGUGGGUCAGCACCUUAAAAUGAGUUUGCUGUACAGUGGUUUGAGAGUUUUACUUUUUAUUUUAUAUUUUAAAUUCCCUUUUGGGAUACUCAUAGCCAUUCAGAACUUGAGAUUGUCAAAUACAAAAUAUGUCUCAGCGUAAAAGUGACACAAUUUUGUGCUUUACAUGGAGUUUUCCCAACAGUGUGAUAUUGACCUGAUUUCCCAAAUCCAUAACUGUAUGAGAAACAGUUGACACUUUCUGAUAUUGUUACAGGUAUUCUUUUAUAUUAAUAUUGUUGAAAUGCCAAAGUAUUAUUUAUAUUAUUUGUUGUUAGAGGCACAAAGUUUGUUUUUGUGUUUUAUUUUUUUUGCAUUUUAAAAC